GUGCUGAUGAAUGAAGUCAAAGUCAGACCACAUCUACAAUGGACAAAAGACCAGAAGCCACAGCCCUGUUGGACUUUCUGUCAAAAGUGGGACUGGAGAGAUUUUAUCCCAACAAGCUCACUCUUCAGUUCCUCUUGGAGAUCAACAAAAGCAGCAUAUAUGAAGAACCUGAAGAAUCAGCACGGACCCUGCCCUGGUGUUUUCUAAGAAAACUAUUUGAAGUCAAUGCAAAAUGCAGAAGCUGUCGACAUGAAUCAAACACUAUUGAGGAAAAUGACACUGCAAAUGAGAAUCUGUUUGAACUGGACCUAACCACCUCUGAUGACUCUACAGAUGAUAAAGUGAACCCCCUCGACCUCAUUGUCGCUCUGUUCCUUUGCGCUGACAGCUUCUUGCAGCAGGAAAUGGCCCUCAAGAUGUCAAUGUGCCAGUUUUCUCUUCCACUGCUGUUGCCCCRCGGCCAUAAGAGUCAGUGUACCCUGAUGCUGUGGGCUCUGAGAGAUAUCGUCAAAGAGUGGUGUCCACAUGAUAUGUCUCAAUCAAGAGGGUUUGUUGAAGACAACAUUAUCCAAGCAAAUAUACCAUUCUACUCCUUUGUGAGGCUGAAGAACAGUAGUUUAUCCAAGUCCCAGUUUUUGAAUCAUGUCCUCAGCAGUGGGCAACAGAACUGCAACAUCUUCAUACACAGAGAUGUGGAAGGGGGGGCAGUCAAAAGAGAAAUUGCAAAUGGGCUUGUUGAGGUUUGUUGGUACCUUCCCUCUGGUGGAGAAAAUCUUGACAUUUUUCCUGAGCCUAUUGCCUUUGCAAAUUUGCGAGGGGACAUUCAUGAUUCACUCACRCAAUUCAAYUUUCUCUUUCAAGUAUCAAMAGCUACCUUUGUGUUCCUGGACAGUGUUGAAGAAAAUGAGCACAAGAUUCUAUCGUCUCUUCAAGAUGUGAAAUCCAAACUCUUCUUAGUUSUCAAUCGAAAGGGAGGGAAUGCCAGAGAGGAAAUGAUGUCUGUGAAGAGAUUGGUGGAUGAAUUAGGUUUACCAAAGAACAGAGUGAAGGUGAAAGACCAGAGGCUAAAUGUGGCAGAGUUMUCCAGAAAUCUUUGUGAGGUCAUCAAGACAUCCCUGAUAGAUGUGAAAGACACCAUAAGCAUUGAAAAUAUGGUUGGUAAAGCUGUUGAACUUGACCUGUCUGUGGACGAGAGCAAAACUGACGCACAAAGAAAAGCUGCUGAGCAUUUUGCAAAAGAAAUUGCGGAGCAGUCGAUACAAGACUACAAAAAGCAGCAACUGCCAUUGCAAGGAGAAAAAUGGAAAAGAUUGUCACAGUUACAAAUGAAAGAAUGGAGGUUGAAUAAAGAUGGGGGCCUGGGAGUGGAAGUGAGCGCAUCUCAGCUACAAGAAGAACAACUUAAAAUCAGAAGGGAACUGAAUGAAAGCAAACAAUCCAUAGCAUUAAAGAGCUUUAUUGAACACUUGUCAAAAUGGGACCAAGAAAAAAGAGAUUUUUUUCUAAAGUGGAUGAAAUUCAAUCUGAAUGCUUAUUCAAGAACAAAAGUGUUCGAGCUSCGCAACAAAUUCAAAGAGCAAUGCARGAAGAAAGACGUCAAACUCAUAGCAGAGUUAGACCAAGCUUUGRUGGAUAGCUCUUURGGAACAGAGCAUUACAUGAGAGAGAUGGGACUGAUCUAUGAGUUCUCAACUAACAGCUCAACAACAGCUGAUGAAAUAUCCCACCUCCCAGGUUUGGCAGCUGAAAUGCUGUUGGAUGGAUAUCCUUUAGAGCUUUUGGAYGGAGAUGCUUCCAAYGUCCCRGAGAGAUGGGUGACAGAUGUGCUGAUGGAGCUUCACAAGAAGGUUGGGCAGAGGAGCAGACUGUUGGUACUGACUGUGUUGGGUGUUCAGAGCACCGGUAAGUCAACGCUCCUCAACACCAUGUUUGGUGUGCAGUUUCCUGUCAGCAGCGGCAGAUGCACAAGAGGAGCUUUCAUKCUCUUCCUCAAAGUUGGAGAGGAUUUGAAAAGUGAGUUAAAYUGUGAUUUUAUUGUCCUCAUUGACACAGAGGGUCUUAAGUCUCCUGAUCUGGCACAACURGAGGACAGUUAUGAGCAUGACAACCAGCUAGCAACCUUUGUCAUUGGCUUGAGUGAUGCCACCAUUAUCAACAUCGCAAUGGAAAACGCAGCAGAAAUGAAAGAUGUCCUGCAAAUUGCAGUGCAUGCAUUCUUGAGAAUGAAAGAAAUUGGAAAAAAGCCAGUUUGUCAUUUUGUUCACCAGAAUGUUUCAUCAGUUUCAGCUCAAACAAAGACCAUGACAGAAAGAAAACAUCUCUUGGACCAACUCAAUGAAAUGACUCAAAUCRCAGCUGAAAUGGAAAAAAAACCUUCUAUCAAGGAAUUCACAGACGUGCUGGACUAUGACAUGGACAAGAACAACUGGAACAUCCCAGGACUCUGGCAYGGAACACCACCAAUGGCACCAGUGAACACAGGUUACAGUGAAGCUGUAGCACAUUUCAAGAAGAAUCUUUUACAAACAGUGAAGAGGGACCCACUUAAAGAGUUCUCACAGAUCCCAGAGUUUCUGGAAAUUAUGAGAAAUCUCUGGAGGGCGGUAAAAUGUGAAAACUUCAUCUUCAGUUUCAGGAACACUCUUGUGUCUCAUGCUUUUAACAACCUGUGCAAAGAGUUCAGUCAGUGGGAAUGGGCCUUCAGAAAAAGGAUUCUCUCCUGGCAAACACAAGCAGAGUCAGGAAUUCUGCAUGUGCACAGUCAGUCCGACACAGAAGCUUGGAACACGGAGGUUGCAUCAAAAAAAAUCGAGGCUUCACAACAAAUCGAAACAGAGGAGAGAAAAAUGAAGGAAAAACUUAUCAACUACUACAGAACAAAAGAAAAACUAGUGCAUCUGAUCGAGGCCUUYRUUAAAGAUGUUUUAGAAAGUAUCAGCAAUCUUGCAAAUGAAAUCAAACUUUGUGUGAACAACAAGUUUGAUUUUUGGCUUAAGCUUAGACAACAAGCUCAAGAAAAUGAGAGUCAAAUGCAGGUUAAUGUUGAACACUGGGUGACGAGUCUAUUAAAAGAUCAUAAACACUGCACACUGUCUGAAGAGCAACUAACUAAGAGGUUUGAUAAGAUGUGGACCGGUUCUGUCAAACAGGAUGUGCAGGACAUUGAAAGCCGACAAAAAAUGGUUUCUUUUGAGAUAAAAGGUGACCAUCAGUUGGACAGCAAAAAUGACAAAACCACAGAACUCCAGAACUUAGCAGAAAGUAUCAUACAUUCAUGUACACAGUGUGUACUURAUAAAGUAAAGACAAACACAGAUGUUGAUGAURGAAUAACAACUGAACUCCUGGAAAAAGUGGAUAACUCCCUUCAAGAAAGCUGUAAGCUUUGGCAAAACAAGUUCGAGUUUGACCUGAAACUUCACAUAUGUGGCAUCGCCUCCAGGGAAUGCCUCAAAAUGAAGGAAAACAUCCAGUUAUUUACUGAUCCCAAACAACAGCUGGAGAAAAAGAAGACUCGGUAUCUGUCAGACUUUCUUGAUCUGUACAAACAAAGAUAUCACAGCCUGCAUGAAGCAACUAACUUUGUCCAGUCGUGUAUCAAACCUGCUGUGGAACASUUCAUCUGUAGAUCUCUGGGAGUUGACAUUGUGGAUGACAUUUUGACGAGUUYCCAUUCAACARAGUAUAGUUCUCGCACAAUCUUCCAGUACAACAUUCAGAAAGAGUUGCUGCUAAAUGAAGACUUCAAGAGUUUUUGCAUCAAAUGCUUUCGGUUUGGCUUGUCUAGUAUAAAUAUCAGCGCUGACAAGAGCAGCCGCACACUCUCCCCGAACACCGUGUCAGGUUCUGAGGCACAAGGGACUCAAGGAAAGACAAGGAAAAGUCAGACCAUGUCCGCAAUGAACACAGGAGGAGGAGCUCUUGCAG